AUGGGCGGCUUGGAAGGCGCUGGUGCUGGUGCCGGUGGCGGCGGCGGCAAGGUCGGCCUGCCGGCGCUCGACGUGGCGCUUGCGUUCCCGCAGGCCACGCCGGCGUCCCUCUUCCCGCCCGCUGUGUCGGACUACUACCAGCUUGAUGAUUUGCUGACUUAUGAAGAGAAGGUUCUAAGGAAGAAGGUCCAAGGUGUUAUGGAAAAGGAAAUCGCGCCCAUUAUGACUGAAUACUGGGAGAAGGCAGAAUUCCCAUUUCAUGUCAUUCCCAAACUUGCCACUCUUGGCUUAGCUGGAGGUACAACAAAGGGGUAUGGGUGCCCAGGGCUAUCGCUUACAGCUGCUGCUAUUUCAACUGCAGAAGUUGCACGGGUGGAUGCGAGCUGCUCCACAUUUAUUCUAGUUCAUGCCUCUCUUGUAAUGCCGACGAUUGUUCUUUGUGGAUCAGAGGCUCAAAAGCAGCAGUAUCUACCAUCUCUUGCUCAGUUUAAAACGCUUGGUUGUUGGGCAUUGACAGAGCCAGAUUAUGGAAGUGAUGCAAGCUCCUUAAGGACUGCAGCAACUAAGGUACCUGGUGGUUGGCAUUUAAAUGGCCAAAAGCGUUGGAUAGGUAACAGCACUUUUGCAGAUAUGCUCAUCAUUUUAGCCAGGAAUGCAGAGACAAAACAACUAAAUGGAUUUAUAGUAAAGAAAGGGGCUCCUGGUCUGAAAGCCACAAAAAUUGAAAACAAAAUUGGACUCAGAAUGGUGCAAAACGGUGACAUAGUUCUAAAUGAAGUAUUUGUCCCCGAGGAAGACAGAUUACCUGGCAUCAAUUCGUUCCAGGAUGUAAACAAGGUCUUUGCCAUGUCUCGCGUCUUGGUGACAUGGCAGCCAAUAGGCAUAUCAAUGGGAGUCUUUGACAUGUGCCAUCGGUAUUUGAAAGAGAGGAAGCAGUUUGGAGCUCCGCUGGCAGCUUUUCAGCUCAACCAAGAAAAGCUUGUCCGAAUGCUGGGCAACGUUCAGGCCAUGCUUCUCGUUGGCUGGCGACUGUGCAAGCUUUACGAGGCAGGCAAAUUGACAGCAGGCCAUAGCAGUUUAGGCAAGGCGUGGACGUCCAGGAUGGCCAGGGAGGUGGUUUCUCUUGGCCGGGAGCUGCUGGGUGGCAACGGCAUUUUAGCUGAUUUUCUGGUCGCAAAGGCGUUCUGUGAUCUGGAGCCGAUUUUCUCGUAUGAGGGCACCUAUGACAUUAACAGCCUGGUGGCUGGCAGAGAGAUCACCGGGAUCGCCAGCUUCAAACCUGCCAUGGUAGCGAAAUCGCGCAUGUGA